AUGAAACCAUCCACCUUCCUGGCCUUGCUCGCCCCGGCCGCUGUCCUCGCAGACUCACAACAAACCGCCGCAGGCGCCAGUCUCUCUUCCGAUUUCGCGCACAACUCGCCCGCCGUCUCAUUACCAGAACUUCCCCCGCGGGAACAGUUUGCUCCGUUCACGGAACGCGAUUUGUCUGCUGAUGAGAUGCACUUGCUCGCUGCUCGCUAUGUCCUCCAGGCGCGCAGUGAAGGUUCCCUCGGCCAGACCCCGUGGAUUGGGAUGGCUAUCGGGUUGACCUUUACUGCUCUGGCAGCUGUGAUGCUUGGGUAA